UUUUUAUGUAAAACUUGGCUGCAAAUAUGUUGAGAACCCCUUCCCUGAAUAGAGCAGAUAUUAGUAUAUCACUCAAAAAGACUGGAGCCGAAUGUAAUGGCCACUAGACGGCAGUGUGGGAUAAUAAGACACCUCGAAAUCGCGGGUAAAGUCCAAUGUGAAGUAUACAAACAUUGCACCCCUGUUUAAUGGUACAUUCCAAGUGCUAGACACCAUGCAAACGUAAAGGACGCUAUACUUUCGUUUUUUUCCGUCCACAAACGCAAACUUUAGGUGGAUAAACAAACAAAUAACGCUGUUUAAAGCAGACUCAGAGUACAUAAACACUGUGAGCAGUAUUACUAAUUUAGGUUAUGGCGUUUCAGAUAUCCAAACUCGUAGCUCGUGUUUCAGUGUCCGUGUUGUCUCGGGUUUUGGAAAAGCAGAAGCUCUCGCGUGGUGUGAACUUCAGUCUGUUUCACACCGCUCUGAAUUCCCCGCCGAGCGCGCGCCGAGGUAUAAAUAUAGCCGCGCGCUCGGAGAAGUUUUCCGCCUCGUCUGCAACCUCGAGGUGGUUCCGCGAGGGAAAAGGUUUUAGUGUGACCAGAGGCGUGUUGAGUCGGAAGCGGUCGGUCGUGGUGCUGUUCGGAACUGUCGGUGUGUCCGCUGUCGUGCUGAGCUCGAGCGCAGUUUGUGCCAUGGCCGCCCGCCCACCUCUCAACUUAGACUCGGACAAAAGUGACUGGAAAGAUGUGAAAAAGGAACUUCUGUCCAUGAACCUGAAGGAGAGGAGAGAGAUGUACAGGACGGACUAUAUCUCCCUGGACCAGGUUCCUGUCUGGAAGCACUCAGGUACUGUGUCUGCUAAGCCUCUUUACAAGGCCAACGAUGAACUGAGUCAGAAGAUUUCUCUCUUCCGAGGUGACAUCACCAAACUGGAGAUAGAUGCAGUUGCCAAUGCAGCCAACAAGACCCUGCUAGGCGGAGGAGGGGUGGACGGAGCCAUCCAUCGUGGGGCAGGUCCUCUCCUUAGGAAGGAAUGUGCCACUCUGGGAGGGUGUGAAACUGGAGAGGCCAAGAUAACUGGAGCAUACGGCCUGCCAGCCAGAUACAUUAUUCACACCGUGGGACCAAUAGCUCACGGCUCUGUGGGAGAGACGGAGAGACGAGCGCUCCGAGACUGUUAUUAUAACUGUCUGCGCACUGCGACUGAGAACCAGCUGCGGACAGUGGCUUUUCCCUGCAUCUCCACUGGAGUAUACGGAUACCCACCUGAGCAGGCAGUGGAAGUGGCUCUGAAGACAGUAAGAGAAUACCUGGAGGACAACCCUGCGCAGAUGGACCGGGUCAUCUUCUGCGUUUUCCUCAAGUCUGAUGAGGAUCUGUACAAGGGCAGACUUCCUGCCUACUUUCCAAAAGAUGCCUUUCCUAAAAGUAAAUUAUGAGUGGAUGUAACUGCGUUAGAUGCCGCACUCAUCGCCUGCUCCUGCUUCCUCAGCGUCUGCCCCACCAGCAACACCUACUGAUUAUUUUUGAAUCCAGUGAUUUUUAUUUUGAUGGCUUGCCUCGUAUAAUUUCUUAUCACUCAAUCUAGUUUUCACUGAACUGCUGGGCUGAUCAAAGGACUGCUUUAUGGUGUUGCACUAAAGAGGACUGCCAUCACACACACACAACACAUCAAGAAAACAAAAUAACAAAUGUUUCAUUAUUUCUCUGAAGUCAAUACUGUUGCAGUUAGGAAUCCAAAAAGCUUCUGUCGAUACACAUCUCAUUUUUGAUUAAUAGGAUUUUACUAGAAUGUUGUGGAUCAGAGGUAAUCAGUCUUAUCCACAAUCCCUUCAGGUUUUCGUUGAAAUCAUGCAGGAGUUGCACCUGAUCCGACUAAUUAUUUGAAGCCAGAUGCCAAAUUAUUGUGUAAUUGGAAUGACUUAUGUUAUUGCUUAUUUGGAAUAUAAGCCUACGGUCACGCCAGCCAUUUCCUGAUAAGAUUCAGAAUCUUGCACAGGUCUGGAAAAGUACUAAAUUUAAAGGCACUCAUUUUCAGACAUGGAUAAGAAUGCACAUUUAUAAAAUAUUGUAGAAACAGUAUGGAUAUACUAUAAAGAGGAACUGCAUGUUGAAUGAAA